AUGAAGACACACAGCGACAAGACUUUCCACUGCAGCGAGUGCGACAAGUAUUUCACCACCAAAGGGAAUCUUGAUGCUCAUAAGCGAAUCCACACGGGUGAAAGGCCGUACAAGUGCCCUCACUGCGAUAGAGGAUUCACGAAUGGAUCCCAUCUGAAGAAGCAUGUGCGCGUUCACACCAACGAGAGGCCGUAUCAGUGCAGCGAAUGUGGGAAAACCUUCUCAAACUCAAGUUCUCUAAAGUCACACCAGAAAAUACACUCUGAGGAGAAACCAUAUCAGUGUUCACACUGCGAUAAACGAUUCCGUCACAAAUCUCAUUUGAUUUGCCAUGAGAGGACUCACACCGGAGAGAAACCGUAUCACUGUAGCGUUUGUGGGAAGAGUUUCAGUAUGACAAAAGCAGGUUAA